UGUGGGGAUUAAAAUAGUGAAGACUCUGGCCAUUAAUCUUCUGACCUCCAUAGACACUUUCUGAUGUAAAUAUUCCGUCUAGCCAUACACAAAACCCAGGGUAAAAAUGCAUCGCAGUACUAAGGGGGUCAAUGGUAUUUUUAUUGUCCUGGUGAUAGAUUAACAAGAUUUCUAGUUUAUCAAAAGGACAAACCGUCUUAAGAACCCUUGUUAGUCGUCUAUGGGGGGCUUGAAAAAAUAUCGUGGUGAGAGAGCAAGGCGUUUCUGAAUAUGGACAUAAAUCUCAUCCAAUAAAGGUCCUGACGUGUUCUUUCCUCCAGAGUGACGAUGUGUGACUAUGGGGAGUUCGUGCCGGAAGCCCUCAAGGUCUCCGACAACACGUACUACCGGGCGCUGGGCAACAAGCUGGACCUGUUCCCCGAGUACAACGAGACACUGCCGCUGAUGAUAGCCGGCACCCACGCCUUCCUGGAGAGCUUCACCUACGGCAGGAUACUCCUCUCCCUCAUGGAUUAUGAUGUGAGCCGCACCUACAUGCUUCCCAACCAACUGUACCCUGCGCACCUGUGUUGGUACUUCAGGAAGCACUCACCGUGGAAGCAUAAGAUUGACAGAGGCCUGGGCAGUAUGGUGGAGGCUGGGCUGGUGCGGCAGUGGAUUCAGGAGAAAACAGAGCAGCUGCUGGGGCGCUGGUGGCAGUCAGGGAAGGGAGAGGAGCGCCGGGACAGGCCCCUCUCCCUGCAGCACCUCCAGGCCCCCUUCAUGCUCCUCCUGCUGCUCUUCGCCUUCAGCCUCGUCGUCCUCCUUGCAGAAAUCCUCCUUCAUAAGUAUGAGUUUCUUCGCAUCCUUAGUUCGCCCUUCACUCGAAUCUAGGACACUGUAACACUUCCUCCUCCUCCUUCGUUAGUUCUUCGUCUCCUUCGCUCCUUCCACCCAUGAACUUACGAGACACUAAACAUUCAUCGCUUCCGUAUCUCCUACUUCGCCUCCUUCGCGCCCUGCACCUCAGAAAUAGUGAAUCUCCUUCGUUCCCUUGAGCAUGCGAGAGGCUGAGUUCCCUCCUUCACUCUUUCUCUCCUGAAUAUUUUGACACACUGACCGGCGAACACUGUACCGAUACUGAAUAGCGAAUAAAUAUGAAGGUAGCUCAGUUUUACUUUAUCAUUUCUCUCUUGAAGUCUGCUAACUGUCCGCCAAUCAUGAUAAUAUUUGCAUUUGUUAUCUGCGUAGUCUAAGCUUAGAUUGAUAUCCUACACUGAUUUGCUUACCUAAAGAAGCCUAAACUACUCAACUAAUCCUGUCCACGGUCCGAGUGCAUGAUGGGCUUCCUCACUCGGGGUAACGGUUUCCUAGUGGUUGGGCUUUGAGAUAGAAGGUACCCAAAAAGUAUCCCCUUUAGCCCGUAUAUUCCUGUAAAAAGCCCACAUAGUAUAAAAAAACAACUAUGCCAUUUAUUUUUAUGUCCAUUAAUCUAUAGGCGUAUUAAUCAAUCUAUUCAUAUUUUCACAUCACUGCAUUUAUUUUCUUGUCUAUUGACCAAGGGCAAUAAAAAAAGGCCCACUCAGUUUACCUAUCUACCGUUUAUUUACCUAUCUAUUUAUCUACCUGUUCAUUUACCUAUCCAUCUAUACAUCUACAUUUUUACCUUUUUUCUUAGUUCAACUCGAAAUGAUACCGUUUGAACAAUACAUCUUGAUUCUCCAGUCUUUGCUUAGAAUGAUGGUGCCAAUCCAUUCUCUAUGUGUAUUUGUCCAGCUAACCAUCCAUCCACACACACAUAAGUUUCAAAACAAUCCGACACUUUCAAUGCAACAAAUCAAGCAAACACAUCAACUUUAUACAGCGAGAGAGACCCAACAUUCCCUCUCUCUCUCACUGCACCGUCCCUCUGCUCACCCCAGCG